GUGGGCCCAAUGCGGUGCGGCAGGGCGCGCGCGCGCGCCAGCGCCUGCGGCGCCCGCCCCGCGCUCACUGCGGCCGGAAGCCCCGUCUGGAGGACAGAGCCUUCCUGUCGCCGCCCCGAGCUCGGAGCGGAGUCGAGCUGGUCGCGACACGAGCCGCGGCGACAUUUCAGCGACAAGCACCGGAGCAUCAGGCGCGUCGACUACCCGUGGAAG